GAGUCAGAAAGGAGAGCCCUCAGCGUUCACUACAUCAAUGGAGGGUUCAUCUCCCUGGUUGAGAAGGAAGGUCUCAGCAGGGACACCCCGAUCUAUGGACUUGAAGAGAAGGUGAUCCGCGGGCAUAGUGCUACAACAUGCUGCCCAAGAUAUGGAUGCAGUGGCUCUGCCUUCGUCGACGCGAUCAUCGGCGAGGAUAACGUGGGCCCUGCCACCCACAUGCUGUCCUACACCUGGAGUUAUAGGAUCGGGGACAUCGCAGAUACCCUGAUGAAAUGGUGUGGCUCAGCCAAGCCAAGCUUGGACCCAAAGCGGGUCUACGUUUGGAUGUGCUGCGUCUGUGUCAAUCAGCACUGGGUCCGGCAGGCCGUUCGCUCCGGACAGGACGUGCCCUUCGAGGAGUUCAAGCGGGUGUUUGAGGGGCGUGUUCGCAGCAUCGGCCGCGUUCUGGCGCUGAUGAUGCCCUG